AUGGACGCCGUCAAGGAGGUCGUUGAUAAGGUCAAGGACGUUACCAUUGGUGACUCUUCUGCCGGGCCUUCUGCUCCUGCUGCUGCGAAGCCAAAGGGUGAGAAGAAGGAGAAGCAGAAGAAGCCAGCUGCCCCCGCUGCCCCCGCUGCCCCAUUGGAGUUGGAUCCCCCUCCGGUCUAUAUCGACCAUCGUAUACAAUUAUUCGAGAAACUCAAGGCCGAGUACGAUGCAGAAUGCGCUUCCAAGCCACGAGAGCCCAUCACCAUCACCAUCCUACCGGAAGGUCGUACCAUGGUCGGUGAAUCUUGGGUCACAUCGCCUUUGAAGAUUGCCAUCGAGUCGGGCAAAGGUGUCGCCGAUAAAACUGUCAUCUCGAAGGUCGACGGUGUCCUGUGGGAUCUUCCACGGCCUCUGGAGAAGGAUUGCUCUGUCGAAUUGCUCGAUUUCGACAAUAUGGAGGCCAAGAAGGUGUUCUGGCAUUCCAGUGCACACGUUCUCGGUGAAGCUGCAGAGCGACACUUCGGUUGCCAUCUCUGCUUGGGACCUCCAACUGACGAUGGUUUCUUCUACGAAAUGGGUAUGGCUGAAGAUGGCCAGGCUGUUAAGUCGGAAGACGUAAAACCUCUCGAGACUAUUGCAGGCAAGAUCGUCAAGGAGAGGCAGCCCUUCGAACGUCUAGUCGUCUCCAAGGAAAACCUCCUUGAGAUGUUCAAGCACAACAAGUUCAAGCAGGUUCUUAUCUCCAGCAAGAUUCCAGAUGGCACCAGCUCCACAGUAUACCGAUGUGGUCCACUGAUCGACCUUUGCGUCGGACCUCACAUCCCAAAUACUGGCAGAAUAAAGGCUUUCUCUGUGAUGAAGCACUCCUCCUGCUACUUUCUCGGCGACUCCGCCAACGAGACUCUGCAGCGUAUCUAUGGUGUCAGCUUUCCGGACAAAAAGUUGAUGGACGAACACAAGAAGUACCUCGAGGAAGCCGCAAAGCGAGACCAUCGCAAGAUCGGAAAAGAGCAGGAACUCUUCUUCUUUGACCCUAUCAGCCCUGGAUCGGCAUUCUUUCUUCCCCACGGAACCAGAAUAUACAAUACCCUUAUGGCAUUCCUCCGAGAAGAAUACUGGAAACGUGGUUACGAUGAGGUUAUCACCCCCAACAUGUACAACUCGAGCCUCUGGAAGACCUCUGGUCAUUGGGAAAAUUAUAAGGACGAUAUGUUCACCCUAGAUGUGGACAAGGAGCAAUUCGGACUAAAGCCUAUGAACUGCCCAGGUCACUGUGUCGUCUUUGGCCACCGCGAGCGAAGUUACCGUGAACUGCCAUGGAGGAUGGCAGAUUUCGGGGUUCUGCACCGAAAUGAGGCCUCUGGCGCAUUGACCGGCUUGACCAGAGUUAGGCGAUUCCAGCAAGAUGAUACUCAUAUCUUUUGUACCAAGGACCAGGUCAAGGACGAAAUUAUGGGGCUGUUCGACUUUCUUAAACAUAUCUAUGGUAAACUUGGCUUCACCUUUAAGCUGAACCUUUCCACCAGGCCAGAUAAAUAUUUGGGAGAAAUUGAGACCUGGAAUAAGGCUGAAGACCAAUUAAAGGAGGCUCUGGAUCUGUUCGCAACUCAAGGUGGCGGCGCAUGGGAGUUAAACCCAGGUGAUGGUGCCUUUUACGGCCCAAAGAUCGACAUCACCAUCUCUGACGCCCUUCGCCGUGAAUUCCAAUGUGCCACCAUUCAGCUUGACUUCCAGCUUCCACAAAGAUUCAAACUCCGAUAUAACACUGGUGCGCCGUCAACAAAGGAUGAGAAUGGCGAGGAUAUCGGUGUUUAUGACACUCCUGUCAUGGUCCACCGUGCCAUUUACGGCAGCUUUGAGAGAUUUACCGCUAUUCUCACGGAGCACUUUGCCGGCAAGUGGCCAUUCUGGUUGAGCCCCAGGCAAAUCUUGAUAUUGCCUGUCACUCCUCAGAACAACGACUAUGUGAUUGAACUACAAAAGAUCUUCCAUGAUGCUGGAUUCUAUGUUGAUAUUGAUAUCAGCGGCAACACCAUGAAGAAGAAGAUCUUACAGGCCCAGAUGCAUCAGUACAACUUUACCUUUGUUGUUGGCGCGGACGAGUGUAAGAACAGAUCGGUCAACGCCAGAGAUAGAGAUAACCAGGAAAGUCAGAAUAGAGGCGCACUUUUACCCGUCGAUGAUGUGAUCAAGCGAUUGACUGAACUCAAGCAGUCAAGGGAGUUAGAUCAAACUCAUGCCCUCAGGGCCUAG